CGGCGGGGGGGCUGCGAGGGAGUUGGAAGCACAGGACUCUCGGCGCGCGCUCCCGCGGCUCCCUCGGGCGGGAAUGAGCGUUCCUAGGACGAGACGGCGUAAUGGCAGGAGCGGCUACGCGCACGAUUUUAGAAUAUCUCAUCAUUUGCCUUAAGAGUGAGGAAGAAAGGCAGCUGAAAGGAUUAGCCCUGGAAGGGAUAGUGCUGGUUUCCAUUGAUCUCAGUGAUUCUACACGUGGCGCAAGCCAGCUCCGGUGCACGACCACUAUUGCUGCAGCAGGGAAUUUUUGCUCUAAACUCCUCAAUGAACAGAUCUGGAAAGAAAUGGAUGGGAUGCUGGCUGAGCUCUCUGUGCCCAGGACCAGGCCUUGGACAGCAGGUGGAUGUAGCCACGAACCCCUGGAUUCUACUGCACUCCAGCUGGCCUUUGAGCUCCACGAAAGGCCUGGGGUUCUGAUGAGGGACUGUCUGGCAGUAAAACAGUUCAUGCACAAGAUCAGCAUGGUGCACCCAAAGAUCAGAUUCCAUUACUGUGUGAAUGUGAACGGUGUUGUGUCUGCAGAAACGUACUGUGGAGAGAAGAGAGAGAGUACAUGUGUUCUGAAUGGAAUAAAGCUACUUACUGACCAGAGACACUAUAUAAGGGUUGUGAACAGCUUGGUGUCCUGUGGCGCUAACUUCCUUUGUGACAAAAUCCACCCUGUGCUGGGCAGGGCUAUCAGCCUCCUGAUUCCCCAUGAAGUGGCUGAAACUGGCUUCACCGGGGAGCUGGAAGUCACGCCGGCUACGGCGCUAUGUCCCUGCCUGAAGCUGUAUCCCAAUCAGCCUGCUAAGAUAGUUGCUGUCUCCAUAUUUUUCUACGACCCAGCGGGUCUGCCCAUAUCAUUCUAUGCAAAGGGGAAAUCAUCUUUGUUUUUCAAUGACCCAUCGAACUUAGCAGAAUGGGAGAAAUACAGCUAUAGUACAACAUUGGACUCAGAUCCAGGGCAGGAAGAAGAUCGAGUGAGCCCAGACGUCAGAUAUAAACUUCACCGGGACGGUGGAAGCCAAGAAGAUGAUCCGGAUACUUGGGAGCAGACCCUGUUGCUCUUCCUCUUUCUCCAUUACUCAGACCAGUUUCAAGAUAAGCCAUUUUACGAUUUCUGGGCCCGGCACAUGAUUGCAUCCCAUAUGGACCAGAUUCUCCUGUGCAGCCAGCAGGCAGUGAAGCGCGGAGUCCAGGCUGUCAUUGACGCAAUGCUAGAGGAGCACUGCAAGAGAGGGAAGAACCAGCGGAGGUUGAAGCUGUCCCUGCCCGUCAUCCUAGGUGCCAUUUCCAGCGUGGUGUCCAGCAGCACUAACAGCCAGUUCAGAAGGGAAUGUCUGCAGAGUUUGCAGGUUUCAGAUACCCCAGAGCUAAUGGCAGCCAUUCAAACAGCCUUUGAAAAUGUCACUCGGAAGCGACUGAUGCCCAAUGGCACAUGCAUCACAAAACAGGUACCUGAAAAUGCUAACCCAGCCUGGCUCGCUGCGUGUGACUUACCAACAGCUGGCCAGAAGCUAUCACAGGAAGAGGCAUCUGACAGCAUCAGUUCUGUCAAUUCAGAGCCAGCCUCUCUGCUGGACAGAGCUGACUUGUGGGGAAAAAUAAGUGAAACUAAGAGGAGGAAGACAGAAACCAUGGAGAACAAUGCAGGUGGGGCUCUGGAGCGAGAGACACCGGAUGGCUUGCAGGAGAGGACGGAUGAUCUCAUGACAGACUUUGGCAGCCAGCUGAGUUUUUGCCUGUGGAGUCCCAAGGAAGGAGUAGAUGCCAGCAUGUUCCUAGGUGAAAGAGAGGAAGGCUUUACAGCUGUAUCAAAGGGCGGAGCCAGAAGCAGUGAGAAUCUGUGGCAGGGUGACCACUUGUGGCUGCAAGAGAUUUCCAACCUUUCUGAAUGGACAUCCUGAAAUGGAGAUGCCCUUAGCCAAGGGUAUGAGAACAGCUGUGCUCCCCCAUGCAAACAAACCCAAAUAAAGACCAUCCGUUCAAUGAGGUUCUUGU